CCCGUCGUUUCGACCUUCGGUUUUUCUCGCACAGAGAGAGAGAGAGAGAGAGAGAGGGAAAGCCACAGAAAUGGAAGUUAGAGAGGGAAAGCGGCAGACCGAAACUAGUAGGAGACGCAGAAGCGCACACACAGUGAGCUUGAAAAUGUCUCCUCCCACUACCACUAGAUAGCCAUCCAUCCAUCUCUCCACCAUCUCCAUCUCCAUCUCCAUCCACGCCAGAGGUCGGACUCCAGCUCGCGCAUAGCCAUCAGGUCCGAGCUCGAUCGCCUCCACCGGGCCGCCACGGCCAUCGCCAUCGCCACCGCCGGCGGCGGCGGCGGCGGCACCGGCGUCGGUCCUCUGUCGGAGAGGUGCCGUUUCCUUCGCGCGUUGUACAGGCACCAUUGCGAUGCCGAGGACGAGCGCAGGGCUUGUGGCUGAAUGUCGAUGGUUUAGAUCGGGACAUCUUAUUAUGCUUAGACUAUGUACUGUGUAAAACUUUCCUCCAUUCGUAUGCUGUGGCGCUCGAAUCGAGUUUGCCUUCUCCUACUGACUAUUUUGUUCACCAAGUUACCUACCCUGAGGAAGCUUUAAGCUUUUCCUUUCGCCUUUUGGUUACAAAGGCAACGAGUGAAAAAGAAAAGCACUAGCUCAGGUUUAGAAAUCGAGGAAAGGAAUGUCCUGGAGAGUCAGCUUACGACAGAUUCACAAUACCAGCAGCAGGGAUAUCAUAGAAAUAGCUCUCAGAAAUGUUGAAAACUGCCUUUGCAUUUUUUUUUCUUUGUGAACAAGUCUAAGAUUGAAUUCUUGUGGAAUUAUUUGCAAUCCCUUGGCAGAGGAUGGAGGGGAUGCGAUGUUUUAGAUAGCAAGUGGAAGCAUCGAAUGCACAAAUCACUUUUGGUGGCCCCUAUCCCUAACUAAGACAAUCAUUGUCGAACUGCAUCAAGUUUCGCAACUAUUCUAGAACACCAAUUUCAAGGUCAUAUUUCCUGCUCUGGAUAUACAUGUGAAGAAUGUGGCCAGGACUUACUCCCUAGAACACGAAGGAGAGGGUUUUUUAUUCGAUCAGUUGUUUGAGUUGUUGAACUCACAAAUUCAAAAUGAAGAACACUACAGGGGGGAAUUGGCCUCAUGCGUGGGAGCUCUUCAAACAUCAAUUAGUCAGCACUUGUCCAAGGAGGAGGAACAGGUCUUCCCUUUGCUUAUUGAGAAGUUUUCGUUUGACGAACAGGCAUCGUUAGUAUGGCAAUUUCUGUGCAGCAUCCCUGUUAACAUGAUGGCCGAGUUUCUUCCCUGGUUCUUCUCUUCCGUAUCACCUGAGGAAUAUGAGGAUAUGCUUGAAUGCUUGCGUAAGAUAAUCCCUGAAGAAAAGCUUCUUCAACAGGUUAUCUUUUCCUGGAUUGAAGGGGUGAAAAUGCAUGAUUCUAGUAAGAGUAAUGGGAACAAUUGUAACUAUGUCCCAUCAUUGCAAGUCUCUGAAUCUAAGAUGUUGAGCAAUCCGGCUGAGAACGAUGACUGCGCAGUUAAAUCUUCAAAGAGCGGUAAAAGGAAAUUUGGAGAGGCAAAACUUGACCCUGAUGAUUCUGUUAUGAUUCAUCCUAUAGAUGAAAUCUUGUUCUGGCAUAAUGCAAUAAGAAGAGAGUUGAAUGAUAUAGCUGAGGCAGCCAAAAGACUACAAUUUUCUGGAGGUUUUUCUGACUUUUCUGCAUUUAACAAGAAGCUGCGUUUUAUUGCCGAAGUUUGUAUAUUUCAUAGCAUGGCUGAGGACAAAGUUAUCUUCCCUGCUGUAGAUUUAGAACUCUCUUUUGCUGAGGAGCAUGCUGAAGAAGAGAUACAAUUUGAUCGGCUUAGGUGUUUGAUUGAAAGUAUUCAGACUGAUGGAGCCAACUCAUCUUCUGCUGAAUUUAAUACAGAGUUGUGCUUACACGCCGAUCAGAUGAUAGACUCCAUCAAGAAGCACUUCCAGAAUGAGGAACUUCAGGUACUACCUUUAGCCAGAAAGCAUUUCAGCCCCAAGCAGCAGCAAGAACUUCUGUACCAGAGCUUAUGCGUGAUGCCAUUGAGAUUAAUUGAGUCAGUCUUACCGUGGCUGAUUGGAUCCCUGAGCGAAGAAGAAGCACAGUCAUUUCUUCAGAAUAUGCAUAUGGCAGCUCCAUUCUCGGAUUCUGCGCUGGUUACACUUUUUUCUGGUUGGGCAUGGAAAGGCCAUUCCAAAAAGUGGUCGUCUUCUAGUGCAACUGGAUGUCCUGCCAAAAGAUUGACAGGGAGCAGCAUGGAGAGAGAUGGUCUAUUUUAUAGGUGCAUUUCAUUGUCAUAUGCUGAUGUGUUAACUUCACUUGGUUGUGAAGAUGAGGCACAUACUUGUGAAAGGCUAAUCAAGCGAGGCAACAGACUUUGUCACAGAGACAGUGAUGCUCAUCAAAUUAGAGGACUUCAUUAUAGCCAUACGUUGUCUGGUGAUGAUCAAACUUGUGUACCUGAGUUAGGAGUGAAUUCUAAUAAGCUCAGAGUUGGUUAUCUUGCUGCUGCAAAAUCAACAAAAGCUCUGUGGUCCUCAUCUUUUGACAAAUGUGCUCCGCCCCUCAAGUCCAGUCUUUUUAACUGGGAAACGGAUAUAUGCUCUGCCGAAGUUGGAAAGGCUAAUCGUCCCAUGGACAAUAUAUUUAAAUUUCAUAAAGCCAUUCGCAAGGACUUAGAAUAUCUGGAUGUUGAAUCUGAAAAACUUAAGACCUGUGAUGGCACUUUCCUAAGGGAGUUUACUGGUAGAUUCCAAUUAUUGCGGGGCUUAUAUAAAGCCCAUAGUAAUGCAGAGGAUGAGAUAGUAUUUCCAGCUAUAGAAUCCAAAGAGACUCUUCACAAUGUGAGUCACUCCUACACUUUAGACCAUAAGCAGGAAGAGAAACUUUUCGAAGAUAUUUUGGCUACACUUUCAGAGCUCACACAAUGUCAUGAAUGCUUGAACAGUGAACUUUUGUCAGAUAAUUCAGAUGGAAGAAACUCUCUGUCUAUUUAUCACCACGAGACCAUGAGUAAGUACACUGAGCUGGCCACCAAACUUCAAGGCAUGUGCAGAUCCAUCAAGGUUACUUUGGAUCAACAUCUUUUUCGAGAAGAACUUGAGCUAUGGCCAUUAUUUAAUAUAUAUUUCUCAGUUGAGGAACAAGAAAAACUAGUUGGUAGGAUAAUUGGUACUAUGGGUGCAGAGGUUCUCCAGUCUAUGUUGCCAUGGGUGACUUCUGCUCUCACCCAGGCGGAGCAAAACUAUAUGAUGGACACGUGGAAGCAGGCAACUAAAAACACCAUGUUCAGUGAAUGGCUUAAUGAAUGGUGGGAGGGAGUUGCUGUUACAACUGUGCAUACAGCUUCAUCGGAGAGUAGCUCGUCUCUUGGUGCUGAUUUUUGUGGAAGCUUGGAUCGUAGUGAAACAUUCAAGCCUGGAUGGAAGGAUAUCUUCCGAAUGAAUCAAAGUGAACUUGAAUCAGAGAUAAGAAAAGUUUCUAGGGAUUCAACUCUUGACCCAAGAAGAAAGGCAUAUCUUAUUCAACAUCUGAUGACCAGUCGCUGGAUAGCCGCUCAACAAAAACCACCUGAAGCUGUUGCUGAAAAUUCUACAAGUGAUGAACUUCAGGGACGUUGUCCAUCAUUUCGAGAUUCAGAGAAACAGGUGUUUGGUUGUGAGCAUUACAAGAGAAACUGCAAGCUUCGUGCUGCCUGCUGUGGCAAGUUGUAUGCAUGCAGAUUCUGCCAUGAUAAUGUCAGUGACCAUGCCAUGGACAGGAAAGCCACUGCUGAAAUGAUGUGCAUGCAUUGCCUUAGGAUUCAGCCAAUUGGACAAAUUUGUGCAACACCUUCAUGCGAUGGUCUCUCAAUGGCAAAAUACUACUGUAGCAUAUGUAAAUUUUUUGAUGAUGAAAGGAAUAUUUACCACUGCCCUUUUUGUAAUUUAUGCCGUCUUGGGAAGGGUCUUGGGGUCGAUGUUUUUCAUUGCAUGACUUGCAACUGUUGUUUGGGGAUGAAGUUGGUUGACCAUAAGUGCCGAGAAAAAGGUUUGGAGACAAAUUGCCCAAUCUGCUGUGAUUUUUUAUUCACAUCGAGUGCAACUGUGAAAGGACUUCCCUGUGGCCAUUUCAUGCAUUCAGCUUGCUUCCAGGCAUACACAUGCAGCCACUAUGUCUGCCCAAUUUGCAGUAAAUCCUUGGGAGAUAUGGCGGUUUACUUUGGCAUGCUUGAUGCAUUGUUAGCCUCAGAAGUGCUUCCAGAAGAAUACCGGGAUCACUCCCAGGAUAUACUGUGCAACGAUUGCCAUAAAAAGGGGACGUCGCCGUUCCACUGGCUACACCAUAAGUGUGGUUUCUGCGGAUCCUACAACACCCGGGUUAUUAAGGUCGAUACAUCACACGCGCAUUGCUCGACAUCACAUUAGAUCGAAAUCUCUCGAGCAUUUCUCGUCUACCAAUUCUCACAUGGCAAUCAAUGUACAUCGUUCGCCAUCAAAAUGGGAUCCACCCCGUCCCUUCUCUCUUUCAUAUUCAUUUAGCAUUGAGGUGGAAACUGGUUUUGUGGUCCCCUGCUUUUGUGUAGGCCUUAAUACAUGCCAAAUUUUUUACUAUCAUGUGAUCAAUCCAGAAAUGAAAUGGAGAAGACCAAGAGUUCAUUUUA